UGCUGCUGUGUUCAGAAAAUGGCCGACAGAUUUUCUAGGUUCAACGAAGAGCGUGAUUUCCAGGGUGGGAAUCACUUUGACCAGUAUGAAGAGGGCCAGUUGGAACUGGAGCAAGCAUCCCUGGACAAGCCCAUCGAAUCGCCCAGUAUUUUAAAGCCAGGAUAACAUCGGGCACCGGCUGCUUCAGAAACAUGGCUGGAAGUUGGGACAAGGCCUUGGCAAAACCAUGCAGGCGAUUUGAUCCUGCCCAUGUUGUGCUGAUGGUAAACUUAGUGGACGCACCGACCCUGUGCCCAUCGUGCUCAAAUAUGAUGUCAUGGGGAUGGGACGAAUGGAGAUGGAGUUGGAUUAUGCAGAGGAUGCCACAGAGAAGAGAAGAGUGCUGGAAGUGGAGAAGGAGGACACCGAAGAACUACGGCAGAAAUACAAGGACCAGGUGGAAAAGGAGAAAGCCAUCGCAAAGGCUCUUGAAGACCUGAGAGCAAAUUUUUACUGUGAGCUCUGUGACAAACAGUACACCAAACACCAGGAGUUUGACAACCACAUUAACUCCUAUGACCACGCUCACAAGCAGAGGCUGAAAGAGCUCAAGCAAAGAGAGUUUGCACGUAAUGUGUCAUCACGUUCCAGGAAAGGUGGGAAGAAGCAAGAAAAGAUGCUGCGCCGUUUGCAUGAGCUUGCUGAGCUGAGGAAACAACAGAACCGUACUCCAGGAAGUGGGCCCAUGUUCAAACCUACUACAGUCGCUGUAGACGGAGAAAAGGCAGAAGAUAGUGAUAACGUGACGCUUGAGAACCCAGCUCUGACGGAGAGUGUCCAGGAAGUAUCACUAACUGAUAGAAGUGAGCAAGCCUCCCCAAAGCCGGCAUCAACUAUCAGCUUCUCUUUUGGCAAGAACAGUGCCUCCUCCCCAACCUCCAGUGCUGCAUCCAAAGUAAGCGUGUCCUUCUCUUUUGCCAAGAAAGCCCCCAUGAAGCUGGAGACAGCAGCAGCAGUGUUUGCUGAUCAUGGGGAGGAGACUAUGGAGGAAGAGGAGGGCCAAGAAGGAGAAAAGGCUCUAGUGCAGGAGGAGACAUCUGGCUGCAGCAUAGACAGCCCUAAGGAAGGAUCAGUGGGGGGUGAAGUAGGAGGAGAGGUCAGUAUUGUUGUAGCUACAGAAGAGGAGCAGCAGGCUGAUGAUGGAGGCUCUCUAGCCUCCACCCUAAACAAACUGAAGAUGAUGAUGAAAAAAGAGGAAGGAUAUGCUGGACAGGAGCCUGAGUACUAUCACUACAUACCUCCAGCCCACUGCCGGGUGAAGCCUCACUUCCAGUUUCUACUUUUUAUGAAGGCCACUGAUCAGUGUCCGAGCAAAGAAGAGGAAGAUGAGGAAGAGGGGUCGGAGGAGAACAAGGAUGAAGACUGCGUGGGACAGACAGAGCCCAGUGUUACAGAGUGCAAGACUGAAAACAAGAUAACGUCACAAGAUAACGUCACCUCAACUCCUGAUCCAGAGCUAGCUCCACCGUCUCCUAAAUUGAAGACAGAUGACUUGUCCUCAUGUGCAGCAGAUGCAGCUUCCGUUGCACCCACCUCCCCUGCACAAAAAACAGAGAGCACACAGGAUGCUGAAGAUUCAAGGUCUGGUCCUAAAAUCCCCACAGGUCCCUUCUUCCCAGUUCUGAGCAAAGAUGAGAGCACCACCCUGCAGUGGCCCUCUGAGCUUCUUGAAUUCACCAAAGCCCAACCUUCCCUGUCUUACAGCUGCAAUCCCCUCUACUUUGACUUCAAGCUGUCACGCAACAAAGGAGUGCGCGGUGGUAAAGCAGCAAAGUCCCCCAAGCCAUGUGAAGGGUCCGAGGACAAGGGCCAAGAGAUAACCACGUCUACAAAUGAAGCAGAUACAACUAAACCUGGGACCAGCACCGACAAAGACAAAGCAAUGAUGAAGGGAGAGCCUGGCCAACCAGAAGGUGAUGAGCAAAAACCUGCAACAGGUAGCACUAAUGCCAAGAAGAAGAAGAAAAAGAAGAAGCAUAAGAAGUCCGCAAAGCACUCAAAGCGCAAAGAAAAAGAAAAAGGGACUAAAGAAGCAGCAGAGGGAGACACUGAGGCAACACAGGAGAAGCCAAAAAAGAAGAAAAAACACAAACGGAAGAAGAGCAAAAACAAGGCACCAGAUCAAGAUGAGGCAACAGGUGAUGAAAAGGAAAAAUCCAAACCAAAGUCAGAAGACAAAGCUGUUGCCUCUUCUGUUCAGCUGACAACUGGAGGGGGAGGGUCUACAGAAAAUACAGGAACAGAAACAGGGAAGAGGAAACGUCCUGCUAAGGAAGUGCCUUGUAAGUCUGGAGCUGAGGAAGGAGCAGCUGGUAAAGGCACUGAGAAGGUCAACUCCUCAGAGGAGCACAGCGGUACCAAGAAACAAAAGACUGACUCCAGUGCAUCUAAAAGUGCCUCCUGCUCUACCUCGGCCCAGAAGAGUCCCGGUCCUGGUCGACCUCCAAGCAGUGAGAGUGAAGAAGAAGGGGGUUCCAACACUCAGCGCUCACGUCAUCAUAGGUCAAGUCCUCGGGAACAACGGCGCCACCACAGUGAGGAAUCGCGGCGCUCCUGCAGCCGCUCCUCGAGACGUGGGGAAAGACGGGGCAGCAGUCAUGGUCGCCGCCGUGGCAAAAACUCCCGUAGUCACUCUUAUUCCAGCAGCUCUGAGCGCUCCUCAGCAGGCAGUAGUGCGUACAGCCACCGCAGCCGUAGCUACUCAGACAGCUACAGCGACUACAGCACAGAGGGUCGAAGACGGAGGCACUCCAAACGCUCAUCAGACUCUGAAUACGAGAGGAGGGGCAGUCGAGGACGUAGACGAUCAAGGAGACACAAGUACUCCUCCUCCUCCUCUGAAGAGUCACGUUCACGUUCACACAGUUACAGCCGUAGGAAGAGGCACAGGCGGCACCACCGGAGCAGUUCCAGAAGCUCUAGCAGUUGGAGCCGCAGCACAAGUGCAAGAUCCUGGAGGCGCAGUUACAGUCGAAGCCGCAGCUCAGGUAGCCGCUCCUCUAGCUCCACCAAAGGCUCCCCUCGUCGAAGAGCCCCCCGUGGUCGAGCUGACAGUGACACACAGCGAAGAGACUUCAACCGCUCUCACAUCUACCGCUGCCAGUCUCCCCGCUCGUCUUCAUCGCGAGCCUUAAACCGCAACACACAUUCAUCAAGCUCACAUGGUCUAAGGUCAGGAGGGUCCCGAGACGCGGGGGAACAGAAAAACAGCCUUACUGCUCGCCAGCUAUUGGAGAAGGUUCAGUCUAAGAAAAGCUCUGAUGAUUCUGCCACAGGAACAAAAUCUGGAUCAAAGAUUAAGGACCCACCACUGGGCUACUUCGGUCCCAAACUACCCCCGACCUUGGGAAACAAAUCCAUGCUACCACUCUUUGGAAAGCUACAGGCAGGGAAAAAGCCAUUGAUCCCCCUCACAAGACCAGAUGACGGGGACAAAUCAGGAGCAGGGAAGAGCUCUGAGGCUGAGCAAGAGGUUUUCCUAGUAGAGCCUAUUAGGGAGUUCCCCCCUCCACCACCACCUCCAGCUCCACCCAUUCAGAAGGUUGAGGAGGCCCCACAGACCGCAGUGGUUCAGGAGGAAAGUCAGCACCCCACUGCAGAAGCCCAAGUGCACGCAGAACCACGACCAUUGUAUGAACAGGAGCCUUCAAUGAUGUUACCCCAGUACCAAGGUGAACCAGGACAUGACCCUUCUCAGAACCCCAUGAUGGAGUCCCUCAUGCCAGAAAUGCAACAGCAGCAGCCACCAAUGCAUGCCUACCCUGCUUACCCACCACCAAGCCUGGAGGAGGACGGCAUGGAGGCUGAGGAGGAUGGACUGGCUCCUUUGGAGAGUCAGCCUAUUACAUUCACGCCAGAGGAGAUGGAGAAAUACAGCAAGCUUCAGCAGGCCGCACAGCAGCACAUCCAGCAGCAGCUAUUAGCUAAGCAGGUAAAGACGUUUCCCUCUGCCGCUGCUGCUGCAGCAGCUGCAGCAGCUGCUGCUAACUUGGCCCCAGCCCCCCCUCAACCCACCCUGCAGCAGAUCCACAUACAGCAGCCCACAGUGUCUAUGGCCUCAGGCACUUCCAUCACCACUGUGCAACACGCCAUCCUGCAGCAUCAUGCUGCCACUGCUGCAGCCAUGGGCAUACACCCAGGUCAUCCCCACCACCCACAUCCUGCACAUGCACAACUGGCCCAGGUACACCACAUUCCCCAGCACCACCUAACCCCCAUAUCCCUUUCUCCUUUGGGACACUCCCUCGGUCAUUCUCUGGGACACUCAUUAGGACACGCUGGUUUGAUUCCUGCCCACCCGACGGCCUUCUUCUCUGGUCAACCCAUUCACAUUAUACCGGCUUCUGCACUUCACCACACCCCUCUUGCUCUGCACCAUGUUCCACAUGCCCUCUACCCCACACUCUUUGCCCAGCGGCCCUCACAGGCUGCUGCUGCAGCAGCAGCCCUCCAACUUCACCCACUGCUACAUCCAAUCUUUUCAGGGCAGGACCUCCAGCACCCACCUAACCAUGGCUCUUGAGAAACAUACCAAGUAAAGGAGUGUAGUCACAGCAUCCAAUCACUGGAAGAAAGACUUUUCAAUAACCAUCUUGGUUUAAAGAUGAAGUCUUUAUGACACCACACAGGCAUUGAGACAGGAAACUGUCAAUAAACCACCAUGUUACUGGCCUACACAGUGCAGCUAGUUUUGGCCACAAAGUGGUUCUGCCUGUGAUUGGACAAAAUUGUCACUGACUAUUUUUCUGCCUCAUAUGAGAUUUUUCUUUUCAUACUUUGUAAAACGGGGAGUAUAUUGAAAUAGACUUAAUCAAGAGGCUGGUUUAUAUUCCAGGUUCAGGUAUAUAGACACCAAAACUACUGGAUCCCUUUUCCACAUUAAAAUAUUACUCUCACUCUUUUUGGCAGCCAAAAAGAGGAAUACUGGCUGACAAAUGAAGCAGAAUCAUGUUAGGAGUAAGUAGUUUUGUUGUAACUGCUUGGAUUCUGUUACCUUCUGAAACAGACUAUUUCAUGAUUAUGGAUACUCUGUUAAUGUUCUAAUAAGACUACUCGCUCUGUUGGACUUAUGGUCUAAAGUGAUUUGUUAUGAAGUAACUUGUACAUAUAUCAGUGUGUAAUGUGAAGAAUCCCACCAAUGAUGACCAUUUGAAACUAUAGCUAUGGAGUCCAAAUCUUUACAACAUUGUCACAUAGGAUCCCCUCUGUAAGCAAGGGGCGAUGUGAGGUGAGGGGCGGGGGGGGGGGGUUCAACAUACAUUUAGCCCGGAGGCAAAGCUCAUGUUCCCUGUGGUGAAGGAACACCUGAAUGAAUUGCACUGAAAUAUGUACAUGGAAGUGGUGCAUUUGCAUCCUGUAACAAUAAGAUUGUAGUAUACUGCAAUAAUUGUAUUUUUCUGUUUUUAAAUUAUUUUCUAAAAUGCUCUUAAAAAGAAGAGCUGAGUUUUUGCUUUUGUGUAAUUUUGUAAAUAAAACUGCUCUAGAUUAACCUAUUAACAUUCUAGAGGUUGAGACUGGCAUUGGAAAAAAAAAAACAUAAUUAGAGGACAGAUGUGUGUAUUUCAUGAAGGUUGUUAACAAAUGACCCUGGCUGGGCUGGCAAAAGAAAAAAAUCAUCUGUCAAACAGUAGCAACUCUGUAUUUUUUAAACUUACUGUUUCAGCCAAUAAAAUCUUGAGUCCAUG